AUGUCGGCCGGAGGCGAGCAUCUCAAAGAUGAAGGCACCAAGCGACAGGUCGUAUUGGCCGGCGGGAUUGCAGGGCUGAUCUCACGGUUCUGUAUUGCGCCACUGGACGUUGUUAAGAUCAGGCUGCAGUUGCAAAUUCAUUCGUUGUCAGACCCUGCGUCCCAUCACAGUGUAAAUGGGCCUGUUUACAAGGGGACAUUGUCCACCAUGCGGACGAUUAUGAGGCAAGAGGGAAUCACCGGCCUUUGGAAGGGCAAUAUUCCUGCCGAAAUUAUGUAUGUCUGCUACGGCGCCAUGCAAUUCACCGCGUAUCGAGGUACAACCCAAGCCCUCGCUCAACUCGGCUCUUACCGACUCCCCCAACCUGUCGAAUCUUUCCUCUCGGGCGCAGUGGCAGGCGGAUGUGCCACGGGGGUAACAUACCCGCUUGACCUUCUCCGCACAAGAUUCGCAGCACAAGGCCCGGACCGUGUGUAUGGCUCACUGCGCGCCUCAAUCGUGGAGAUCGCUCGACAUGAGGGUGUACCAGGAUUCUUCCGGGGGUGUUCUGCCGCUAUGGCACAAAUUGUGCCGUACAUGGGACUAUUUUUCACGACAUAUGAGGCACUUAGACCAGUCAUGACCUGGGAUGCUCUACCGUUGGGCACAGGGGACGCCGCAGCCGGUGUGGUGGCCAGUGUCUUGGCUAAGACGGGUGUUUUCCCGCUAGACCUCGUGCGUAAGCGCUUGCAGGUACAGGGUCCAACAAGGACCCGCUACGUUCAUCGCAACAUCCCGGAGUACAAGGGCGUCCUCCAAAGUAUUGCCAUGAUUGUCCGCACCCAGGGUGUGCGUGGUUUGUACCGCGGCUUGACAGUCAGUUUACUCAAGGCCGCACCAGCAAGUGCGGUGACAAUGUGGACCUAUGAGCACGCAUUGAAAGUCCUUCAAGAGCUUGAUGUCGCAGCUGACAGUUGA